CCUUAGUUUAAUACUAUUUUUAACUCCUGAUGAAAAGAGAGUGUGAACUAUUGAAGGCAAUAAAACAGAAAUGGUUGCAUUUCUAUUAAUGCUGGCAUUUUUUACGAACUUAAACUUUAUAACUCUAGCUAGCAAAGUUAACGUAUCGCUUACAGCAGAGUUACAAUUUAAUCAAAAUGAUAUUGCGGAACUAGAAAAAGCACAAAUGUACCUUAAGAAAAUAAAACACGAUAUUUUACGAAAAAAUCCUCGCAGGCUUAAUGCGAAGCGACAAAAAAAUAUAAAAAAUAAUGAAUUUAAUGAAAUUAAUGAUAACGUCGUGACAAGUGACGAAAGCAAGGCGAAUAUGAUAGAAUAUCCAAAUUUUAGAAAUAAUCCUACUUAUCGAAAGAACGAAGCCCGCAAAAACAAGGUCAACAUAAAUGUAAAACAAGUAACUACCUACAAACAGGACAAGACAAGGCAAAAUAAAAAUAACAUAAAACAUAAAAACAACACGUCUUCUAAAACUACAGGUGACCAAGAUCGUGUAACUCUAUGGGAUAUUCACAUACACGAUAUUCAAAGUAAACAAAUAAUAAGAAGAGCAAAACCACUUAAACAAAACGUGACGAAAACCACAACCUUAACGACGACGACGAAAACUACCACUGAGAAAACGGAAUCUACUAAAACAAAUGGCGUGCAAAAAUUAAAAGAUAUUCACAUGCAUGAUAUACAAAGUAAACAAAUAAUAAGAAAAGCAAAACCACUUAAACAAAACACGACAAAAACUACAAUGUUAUCGACGACGACGACGAAAACUACCACUGAGAAAACGGAAUCUACUAAAACAAAUGGCGCGCAAAAAUUAAGAGAUAUUCACAUGCAUGAUAUACAAAGUAAACAAGUAAUAAUGGGUGUGAAAUCAAAGAUUAUUCAAAGUUCAGCCAAAACAGCUAAACACACUAGGGAACCUAGUGCUCGCAGGCACAAUGUAUUCACUAAUCUUCUGACACAAGAAAAUAAAAAAGGAUCUGUAACCACAACAGAAAAACCAAAGGAUGUUAAUAAAAUCGCGAUUAAUGAUCAUACUGAUAUAAAAGACGAAGAAAUUGAUUUCUCGGUAAAACAAGCGGCGAGUGAAAAAUAUAACAAUUUAAAUGAAUACCUAAAGUAUAAAGCCAGUGAAAACAACUUUGAUAAAGAAGUUCUAGAGAUAAUUAAAUCUGAUCUUGGUACAUUGUUUGCCAUCAAAUCUAAUCCGACGUCGGAAAAAGCAGAUUCGUUGCAAGAAUUAGAAAAGGCAUUUGGUUUUGAUAUGUAAAUAAUAAAUAUAUAUUUUUGAUUCCA